AUGGUGGAGGGUUCUGAGAUCCAUCUGGCCCGUCUUUCUCUUCUCAUGUUCGCCCUCUCGUUCUGGGUAGCCCCUCCUCCGGCCGCAGGCCUCACCACCGAUGGCCUCUCUCUGCUCGCGUUCAAGUCCGCCAUUUUCGCCGACCCCAUGCAGUCCCUCUCGAGCUGGGUCGACUCCGACCGCACCCCCUGCUUCUGGGCCGGCGUCUCUUGCCGGCGCGGCAGGGUCGUCGCCAUCUCCCUCCCUGAUCGCGGCCUGCGCGGUUAUCUCCCCUCCGAGCUCGGCCUGCUCUCCUCCCUCCAAAACCUCUCCCUCUCUCACAACAACAUCUCCGGCCUCAUCCCCGCUCAGGUAGGGGAGCUUGCGGCGCUGGUCUCCCUGGACCUCUCCUACAACAACCUCUCCGGCUCCAUUCCGGCGGAAAUUGGCACCCUUCAGGAGCUCGCUCAUCUCGACUUGUCCUCCAACACCCUCAAUGGGUCGCUUCCUCCGUCCAUUGGGGCCCUCCUCAAGCUCACCGGCGUCCUCAACCUGUCCUGCAACAGCAUCUCCGGCCGCAUACCGGCGGCGUACGGGAACCUCCCGGUGGCCGUCAGCCUUGAUCUCAAGCAGAACAACCUCUCCGGCGAGAUUCCGCAGACUGGGUCUCUGCUCAACCAGGGCCCCACUGCGUUCUCCGGCAACCCGGGCCUCUGCGGCUUCCCCCUGAAAAACCCUUGCCAGAUUCCCGACGGCGACCCCCGGAUCCCUCUGCCGAACCCUAACCUCAGCCCCUACUCUGGUUUCUCCAGCCCUAACCAGACUGAGACCGACCAGCUGAAGAAGAAGAGGACCGCGACGGUGCCCAUCCUCGUCGGAGUCCUUCUGGCGGCGGUUGGGUCCGUCUUCCUUCUCCACUGGCUCUGCCGGCGGCGACGCGGCAAUGGGGAGGAGAAAGCGGCGAAGGACAAACGAACGGAGGAGAAGCGUGAUGGGCAGAGCGGCGAGAUAUUCGUGCCGGUGGACGAAGGUUUCGGCCUGGAGCUGGAGGAGCUGCUGAGGGCCUCGGCGUACGUGGUGGGGAAGAGCCGGACUGGAAUCGUCUACAAGGUGGUGGUGGGCAGGGGCGCCGCUGUGGCCGUGAGGAGGCUGAGCGAGGGGGAGGACGGCGCCGCCGCCGGGGACGGUGCCUGGCGGCGAAGGCGCGAGUUCGAGUCGGAGGUCGCCGCCAUCGCCCGAGUGAAGCACCCCAACGUGGUGGGCCUGCGGGCGUACUAUUACGCCCCCGACGAGAAACUCCUCGUCUACGACUACAUCUCCAAUGGCUCCCUCCACGCCGCCCUGCACGGUAAAACCUAGCAGAAUCCUUCCUCUCCUCUUUUCCUUCGCCGGAGAGUUCGCUGGCGUAAGAAAAUCUCCGGUUCUUCCCGCAGGUGGGUCGGUGAAUCCGUCGCAGCCGCCGCUGGCUUGGGCGGCACGGCUGAAGAUCGUGCAGGGAGCGGCCAGGGGGCUGGCGUUCAUCCACGAAUGCAGCCCUCGGAGAUACGUCCAUGGCAACAUCAAGUCCUCCAAAAUCCUCCUCGACGAGGAACUACACCCCUCCGUGUCUGGUUUCGGCCUCAGCCGCCUCAUCUCCGCCGCCCGCAGCUCCUCGCAGCACUCCAGGAAGCUCAGCUCCGGCUCCGCCCACCUCGUGGCCUCCGGCGUCGGAUCGAAGCUCCCCAGCUCGCCGUCCUCGAGCUACCUCGCACCAGAAGCGCGUAUCGCCGGCGGCGGCGGGUUGACUCAGAAGUCCGAUGUCUACUCCUUCGGCGUCGUCCUGCUGGAGGUCCUCACGGGCCGGCUACCGGGAGCGAGCCUGGAGGGGGACAACCUCGACUUGGAGAGCUUCGUCCGCAAGGCGUUCAGGGAGGAACGGGCCUUGUCGGAGAUCGUUGACCCGUCUCUGCUCCACGAGGUCCACGCGAAGAAGCAGGUCCUCGCCGUCUUCCACGUCGCUCUGGGUUGUACCGAGUCCGACCCGGACACCAGGCCGAGGAUGCGCGCCGUCUCUCAGAGCCUCGAUCGCGUUAGCGGCCCUCCCUGA